AUGAAAUUAGCCAUUCAAGAUGUUUUGGAUGGAAAAAAGGGUUACAAAUCGGCCAGCAAGGCUUACAAUGUUCCUCAAACAACACUCGAGCGUAAAGUUAACCAAGCAAGAAAAAGAGAAAAUUGUGUACAGAAUGUCAAGGUUCCCUUAGGUCCAACUACAGUGUUUUCCGAAGAAGAAGAACAAAUACUUGUUGACUGUUUGAAGGAAAUGGAAGGAAGAUUAUUUGGUUUGUCAACUUCCGAUUUCCAGAAGUUAGCCUAUGAGUUAGUAGUUUGUAACAACAAACAACACAAAUUUAAUGAAUUCAAGGAAAAAGCUGGUAAGGACUGGCUGCGUGGAUUUCUAAACCGCCAUCCUGAUCUGAGUUUACGAAAGCCUGAAAAUACUUCAGCGGCUCGUGCUGCUGGGUUUAAUAGAGUGUCUGUUGGAAAAUUUUUCGAACUACUAGGAAAAACACUUGACGAUAACCGUUUUACUCCAGACAGGAUAUAUAACUGUGACGAGACAGGUGUUUCGGUGGUGCCAAAAUCACGGUCCAAAGUGAUCGCAGCGACGGGUAAAAAGCAAGUGGGUGCCUUGACAUCGGCCGAACGAGGCACAACUAUAACGAUUGAAAUUUGUUUCAACGCUGCAGGGUCAUACCUUCCUCCAAUGUUCAUAUAUCCCAGAAAACGUAUGAAGCCAGAACUUCUCAAUGGAGCUCCACCGAACUCAUGGGCUGAAUGUUCAGAUUCUGGGUGGAUUACUGCAGAAAUUUUCUUGAAAUGGUUUCAGAAGUUUGUGAUACUCACCAACGCUUCUAAAACCAACCCAGUUAUGAUGAUUUUAGAUGGCCACGCUACUCAUACCCAAAAUUUGCAGUUAAUCGAUGAAGCACGUAAAUGCGGUGUGACGAUAAUAUGCUUUCCACCACACACCACUCACAAACUACAGCCCGCAGAUGUUGGUUUUAUGCGGCCUUUGAGUAUCUUUUAUGAUCAGGCUCUAACAGCAUGGUUAAGAUCUAAUCCUGGGAAAGUAGUUUCGCAAUUUCAAGUGGCUGAACUCUUCGGGCAAGCGUUUAUCCGGGAAGCAACAAUGCUAACUGCAAUUAAUGCAUUCAAAGCAUGUGGGAUCUCGCCUUACAAUCCAAAUAUUUUUACCGAAGAUGAUUUCAUUGCUGCAGAGGCUACCGAAAUGGAAUUGAACGCUGAAAAGGAACCCGAAGCUGACACAACUCCAACACUAUCGAUAGCAGCAAUCUCACAGCGAACACUGACAGUUCUACCAACAAUAACUUCGUCACCUCCUGAUACUCAAACGCCCACCUACACCACCAUAAAUUCUUCAGCAAACACUCUACCUCAUCCAACUGCUACGACCUCAUAUGUAGUACAACAAGUCUCGGUAAAUGAUUCUUUGGAUAAUGCAGCAUUCCAUCUGGUUAGCCCCAAACAGUUAAUGCCUUAUCCACGAAUGGCCGAAAAAAAAACGAGGCAAGUUCGGAGAAGAGGAAAAGCAGCUAUUAUCACUGCUUCUCCAUAUAAAACAGAAUUAGAGGAAAAACAAAACAGUAGGAAACCGAAACCUGAUGUGUCAAGCGAAAAGAAAAAGAAAAAAUCAAAUAAGAGAUCUCGAAAAACUAAGAAAGCUGAAGAAGAAGCUCAGACAUCAGAAGAAGAAGAUACAGCAUGUCUAUACUGCCACAGCUUGUAUUCCGAGUCUACCGAAGGAUGGAUCACUUGCCAGGUUUGUUCUAAUUGGGCGCAUUGUGGCUGUGCAGGAGUGGAAGAUAACGAAGAUGAAGUUGUCCAUAUCUGCCCAUUAUGUGAAGAUGAGGACUUUUCUGUACCCUAUCUCACCCAAGGGGCUACCCCGUCUUGCCCUAUAGUUGGGGUAAGACGGGAAGAUUUUGUUAUUUUUUAA